GGGGGGGGAGGCGAAGGGGGGAGCGGAGCCCGUCCCUGGGGGCUGCGGAGGGGGCGCCGGCCCCGGGUCGGCGCCCGGCCUGCAAAGACGAGGCCUGCCGCGUUUCCGCGUCCGUCCCCGCCACCCGGACGGAGACCCCCGGCCAAAAUUCAGUCACGUCCUCCCCACCCACCCCCCGUCACCUCCCGCCGGAGCGACGCCUCGCCAGGCCCCUCGGGGACGCGGCCCGGGGAGGAGAGGCGGGAGCCGGGCACGGGCGCCGCGGGGGCGCUCGACACGGGGGCCCGGGGGCCGGGCCGGGGCGAGCAGGAUGGGCAUCACGGAGGGGUGGUUGGCAGGUGGGUUUUUUGCAAAUAGACUCGCGUGGGGCUUUCGCGAGCGCGAGCGAGGACGCCAGCAUCAUCCUGUGUGGUUUGUCAGUGGCAACAGCUGAACCCAAAAUAGACUGCGGGCCCCCGAGCAUCGCUGUGGUGCAGGGCUGUGGCGUUGCUACCAGACUUUCCAGCAUCCUUCUAGCUGCAGGUCGGAGCAUGGAGGGGCUGGAGAGGUGCUGACCACAAAAAGUUUCCAUUUAUCAGUUGGCAUUUAUAACUUCAAGUGGUUCUUCCACUGGGGAGAGUCCAGAGCAGUCAUGGAAAUCCUCACUGAGGGCUAUAUAACGCAGAGGCACAGCAAGAAGCAGCAGGUAGGUCUGAGCGACCUCAAGCCAGCAAGAAGCUGCUUGCUGCUGAAGCCAGCCGAGACCUAGCCUGGACAUGAAGGUCUUCUCCCUAGCCCUAGUUUCUCUGCUUCUUGCUGCACUGUUGACGGAAACCCAGGGCAAGUCCUUCCGCAGCCCCUACACCACGUGCUGCUUCCCGGAGAUGUUCUUCCAAGGCACAAUCCCUGCAGGCUUCAUCAAAAGCUACAGACAGACGUCACCCAGCUGCACCCGCAAAGCCGUGAUCGUCGAGCUGCCGAAGGGGAAGAAAGUCUGCGUGGACCCCAAAGUGGAAUGGUUCCAGAAGUACCUCCUACAGAGAAGAAAUCAGACAUCACCCAGACUUUAAGCAGCAGCCGGCAUAUGUGCUAUUUAUUUAUAGCCUUUGAUUAUCUGUGUUUUCCAAUGUUUAGUCUUGUCUUGUUAACCUAUGGAGCAAGCCCCACCUGCUCCCCUCACCCCCUACGGCCACAUCACAUCCCACCACUCAAAGCUACUGUAUUGUCCUCUACUGAUUUAAUAAACCACACUGCUCUGA